AUGGCCGUGGUGGCAGGGCCGGGGGUCACCGCAAGGGUGGCGGCCAUCGCCGUGCUGUGGGUGACAGCCGUGGGGGCAGCCACGGGGCGCUGGUGCGAGCGGACGGUGCUGGUGACGGAGCAGGAGGAGGUGCGGCCGCGGCGCGAGGCCGCGGUGCCGUGUCCCAGCUUGUACCAGUACAGCCUGGCCGGGUGGCGCCUGGACCGGGACCGCACGCACCGGGAGCGCGGGAGCUCCCACGGGGACACCGAGCCCGCCCUCUGCUACAUCUACCGCCCCCCGGAGGUGCGGCCGGUGGCGCGGAACCGCACGGAGCGCGGCUGCUGUCCCGGCUGGAGCGGCGCCCGCUGCACCGAGGGCCCCGGCUCCCUGGGCCGCUGUUUCAGCGCGUGGCAGUGCCAGGACGGCGCCAGCCACAACGGCAGCACCAUGAGCCGCGCCGAGUGCUGCCAGCAGCCCUGGGGACACAGCUGGCAGCGCGGGGACACCGGCGGGCCCUGCCUGCCCUGCACCCGCCUGCCCCUGGGCGGGGACGGGGGCUCCCCGCGCCACCGCAGCCCCCCGGCCACGUGCCAGGCCUGGGCAGCGUCACGAUUCCGCACCUUCGACGGGCGGCACUUCGGCGUCACCGGGAACUGCCGGUACAGCCUGGCCAGCGCCACCGACGGCACCUGGGACGUCACCAUCGGCCUGGCACAGCCACGGGAGCUGCACAUGACCCUCGGGACAGACACAGUGGUGGCCCAGGGACGGAAUGUGUCAGUGAACGGGGCAGCAGUGCCAGAGGGACGCCCCUACCUGCACAAAGGGCUCGGUGUCACCUGGCCGGGUGACUGGGUGGCCGUGGCCAGCAGCCUGGGUGUGCGGGUGGCCUGGGACGGGCACCUGGCGGUGACAGUGACAGUGGAGCCUGAGCUGCGCGGUGGCACCUGGGGACUCUGUGGCACCUACACCGACGACCCCGCAGAUGACUUCCUGCUCCCCAAUGGGGACAUCGCUGCCAUCGCCGCCACCUUUGCCAACGCCUGGAAGGUGCCGGUGGCCGGCACAGAGCCCCCGUGCAGGGACGCGCCCGAGGGUGGCCCCAGGUGUGGCCCAGGGGACGCGGCAGCGGCGGUGGCCACGUGCGGGCGGCUGCUGGCCCAGCCCUUCCGGCAGUGCCACGGCGAGGUGGAUCCCAGCGGGUUCUAUGCAGCGUGUGUGGCACUGCUGUGCGGGGACGGGGACCCCCUGUCACUCCCCGGUCCCCUGCCAUCCCCCGGUCCUCUGUCACCCCCCGAUCCAUUGUCACCCCCUGGUCCCCUGCCAUCCCUCGGUCCCCCCGGUCCCGCUCCCGCCGCCGCCUGCGCCACGUUCGCCGCCUACUCCCGGGAGUGCUCCCGCCGCCAGCUCCACGUCCCCUGGCGCCGCCCCGGCCUCUGCGAGCGCCGCUGCGGGGCCGGGCAGCGCUUCUCGGACUGCGUGUCGCUGUGCCCUGUCACCUGUGUCACCGCGGGCGGCGCCGAGCCGGGCCCCUGCCAGCGCCACUGCCACGGCGGCUGCGAGUGCGGCCCGGGGCUGGCCCGGGAUGGCCCGCGCUGCGUCCCCCCGGCCGCCUGCCCCUGCCACCACCGGCGGCAGCGCUACGAGCCCGGCCAGAGCAUCCGCCAGCGCUGCAACCGAUGCACGUGCGAGGGUGGCCGCUGGCGCUGUGAGCAGCAGCGGUGCCCGGCCGAGUGCGCCGUGCUGGGGGGACGUCACUUUGUCACCUUCGACCGCCGCCGCUUCUCCCUGCCGGCCACCUGCGCGCACACCCUGGUGGAGGACUUCGUGUCGGGGCGGCUGCUGAUCACAGCCGAGCACGAGCCGUGUGACAGCCACCUGGGCUGUCCCCGCAGCCUCACCGUCACCACCAGCCGCACCACGGCGCGGCUCCACGGCACAGGGGAGGUGACAGUGGCCGGGCGGGAGGUGACGCUGCCCUUCUCCGGUGCCGGGCUGAGCAUCCGCCGCGCGUCCUCGGCCUUCCUGCACCUGCAGCUGCCCGACGGGCACCUGCUCUGGGGCCUGGGCACCCCCGACACCUUCAUCACCCUGCAGCCCGCCAUGGCCGGCAAGGUGCGGGGGCUCUGCGGGACCUUCAACGGGGACCAGCGCGACGACUUCUUGACGCCGGAGGGGGACGUGGAGCCGGGAAUCGCCGCCUUCGCCAAUGCCUUCCGGGCGGCCGGAGCGUGCCCGGCGCUGGGCCCCGGCAUUCCCGACCCCUGCGACGGCUUCCCCGGGAGCCGGGAGCGCGCCGAGGCCGCCUGCGCCGUGCUCCUGGGGCCGGCCUUCCAGCCGUGUCACAGCGCCGUGGACCCGGAGCCGUUCCUGGAGCUGUGCCGCUGGGAUGUGUGCUCCUGCCGGGACCGGGAACGGGAACCGGAGCGGUGCCUGUGCCCCGCGCUGGGCGCCUACGGCCGGGAAUGCGCCCGGGAGGGAACCGAGCUGGAGUGGAGGAACCGGAGCCUCUGCGACGAGCCGUGUCCCGGGGGGCAGCAGUACCGGGACUGUGGGGGUCCCUGCGGCCGCUCCUGCUCGGAGCCCCCCGGAGGCAGUGACUGUCCCCCCCCGGACACCCUCUGUGUCCCCGGCUGUCGCUGCCCCCCGGGGCUGCUGCUGGCGCAGGGCGGGCAGUGUGUGCCCCCCGCCGCCUGCCCGUGCCCCCGCGGUGCCCGCCUGUACCCGCCCGGAGCCCGCAUCCGCCGCGGCUGCCAGGCCUGUGUGUGCGCAGGGGGGUCGUGGCGCUGCGCCCCCGGCCCGUGUCCCCCGGCCCCGCGCUGUCCCCCGGGGCUGCUGCACGCUCCCGGCUCCUGCCUGCGCCGCUGCGACCCCGCCGAGCCCUCCGGCACCUGCGGCGGCCCCGCCGACGGCUGCGUGUGUCCCCCCGGGGCGCUGUUCCUGGACGGGCGCUGCGUGUCCCCGGAGCAGUGUCCCUGUCACCACGGCGGGCAGCCGUACCCGCCCAACGCCACCAUCGCCCGCGACUGCAACACCUGCGUGUGCCGGGGCCAGCGGUGGCACUGCGGGCGCCAGGAGUGCGCGGGGACCUGCGUGGCCACGGGGGACCCGCACUAUGUCACCUUCGACGGCCGCGCCUUCACCUUCGCGGGGGACUGCGAGUACCUGCUGGCCCGCGAGGCCUCCGGGCUGUUCGCUGUCACCGCCGAGAACGUCCCCUGCGGCGCCAGCGGCGUCACCUGCACCAAGUCCGUGCUGGUGGCCAUGGGCAACACCGUGGUGCACAUGCUGCGGGGCCGAGAGGUGACAGUGAACGGGGUGGCCGUGAGACCCCCCAAGGUGUUCGGGGGCUCGGGGCUGGCGCUGCAGCGCGCGGGGCUCUUCCUGCUGCUCCUGACGCGCCUGGGGCUGGCCGUGCUCUGGGACGGAGGGACCCGCGUGUACGUGCGCGUGUCCCCGCGGCUGCGCGGCCGCCUGGCCGGGCUCUGCGGGAACUUCGACGGAGACGCCGAGAACGACUUCGGGAGCCGCGACGGGGCCCUCGAGGCCACCCCCGAGAUCUUCGGGGACUCCUGGCGCCUCAGCCCGCUGUGCCCCGAGGCCGACGGCCACCGCCCGCACCCCUGCGAGGAGAGCCCGCAGCGCUCGGCCUGGGCGCGGGGGCGCUGCGGGGUCCUGCGGCACCCGCUGUUCGCGCCCUGCCACGAGCUGGUGCCGCCGCAGCGCUUCUACGAGUGGUGCCUGUUCGACGCCUGCGGGUGUGACAGCGGCGGGGACUGCGAGUGCCUGUGCACGGCCCUGGCCGCCUACGCCGAGGAAUGCGGCCGGCGGGGGAGAGCCCUGCGCUGGCGGAGCCAGGGGCUGUGCCCCCUGCAGUGCGAGGGGGGGCAGGAGUACAGCCCCUGCGGGCCCCCCUGCCCCCCCACCUGCCGCGACCUCGGCCGGGAGCCCCCCGAGCUCUGCGGGGCCCUGGGGUGCCUCGAGGGCUGUUUCUGCCCCCCCGGACGGCUCCUGCACGACGGGCAGUGCGUGGAGCCCCCCGCCUGCCCCUGCUUCUGGGACGGCUUCGCCUUCCCGGCCGGAGCCAGCGUGACCCAGGGCUGCAGCAACUGCACGUGCGUGGCGGGGCGCUGGCAGUGCCCCCCGAGCCCGGCCCCGUGCCCCGCCGCCCCCGCCUGUGCCCCCUGGGAGUUCCGCUGCCGGGCCGGGGGGCUCUGCGUGCCCGGGGCCUGGCUCUGCGACAACGAGGACGACUGCGGGGACGGCUCGGACGAGCUGUGCGACGCCCCCUGCGCCCCGCAGCAGCCCCGCUGCCCCGGCGGGCCCUGCCUGCCCUGGGGGGCGCGCUGCGACGGCGUCACGCACUGCCCCGACGGCUGGGACGAGGCCGGGUGUCCCCCCCGAGCCUGCGAGCCCCCCGAGUUCGCCUGUGCCGGGGGGCGCUGCCUGCCCCCCGCGCGGGUCUGCGACGGGCGCCUCGAUUGUCCCCCCGGGGAUGACUCGGAUGAGGCGGGCUGCGCCCCCCGGUGCGGGCCGGGGCAGUUCCGGUGCGGCGGGGGCCGCUGUGUGCCCUCCCCGCACCGCUGCGACGGCCGCGACGACUGCGGGGACGGCAGCGACGAGCGCGGCUGCGCCUGCCCCGAGGGGCACCUGCCGUGUCCGGGGGGCGGCUGCGUGCCCCCCGCCGCCAUCUGCGACGGCCGCCGCCACUGCCCCGACGGCGCCGACGAGAACGACUGCCCCGCGCGGGCCACCUGCGCCCCCGGCACCGUGCCCUGCCCCGACGGCUCCUGCGUGCCGGAGGUGGCCGUGUGCGACGGCACUCGCGACUGUCGCGACGGCUGGGACGAGAGCCCGGCGGGGUGCGCGGUGGCGCUGCCCCCCGCGCCGCUGUCACCUGUCACCGCCCCUGUCACGGCUGUCACCGCCACUGUCACCGCUGUCACCGCCGACACUGCCAUCGCGGUCACCAGCGGCACUGUCGCCAGCACUGUCACUGUCAGUGACACUGACGCUAUCGCCGACACCUCUGCUGUCACCGCUGCUGUCACCAGCACUGUCACUGUCACUGUCACCGCCUCGGCCGCGCCCUGCCCGCCCCGCUCCCUGCGCUGCGACAGCGGCGGCUGCGUCCCGCGGGGGUGGCGCUGCGACGGCGACAGCGACUGUCCCGAUGGCAGCGACGAGCGAGGCUGCGCCCCCCCGUGCGCCCCCGGCCACCUGCCCUGCGGCCCCGCCUGCGUCCCCCCGAGCCGCCUCUGCGACCGCGUCCCCGACUGUCGCGACAGCGCCGAUGAGAGCCCCCGGCUGUGCGAGCCCCCCGGCCCCGGGAGCGGCCCGCGGGGUCCCUGCGCAGAGUUCGACUGCGGGGACGGGGAAUGUGUCACCUUCCAGCAGUGCCACCUUAGAGUCCCCUCACUCCCUCUCGAUGUCACCCCCGUGUCCCCCACGACUCCCUUUCAGUGCCACCUUAGUGUCCCCCAGCUCCCUCCCGGUGUCACCCCGGUGCCCCCCGUGUCCCCAGCGUCCCCUCCGGCCGCGGUGUCCCCGCAGGUGUGUGACGGGCUGCGGGACUGCCCCUCGGGAGGGGACGAGCGGGGCUGCGGCCUCUGGGGUCCCUGGGGGCCCUGGGGGUCCUGCAGCCGCCCCUGCGGGCCCGGGGGGCAGCGCCGCGCGCGGGGGUGUCACCAGCGCCACCCGGGGCUGCUGCGGGGCUGCCGGGGACCCCGCGAGCAGGAGCGAGCCUGCUUCCACCGCGCCUGCCCGGUGGAUGGCGCGUGGGGCCCGUGGGGUCCCUGGUCCGAGUGCCCGGGGGGCUGCGGGGGGGUCCGGCUGCGCACCAGGGGCUGCCGGCCCCCCCAGAACGGCGGCCGCGCCUGCGAGGAGCUGCGAGGGGGCCCCGGAGCGCUGGAGAUGGCCCCCUGUGCCCCGGGGGGGUGCCCCAACGCCUCGCUGUGCUCGGAGGGGCUGCGCCCCCUGCCCUGCGCCCCCUGCCCCGCCUCCUGCGCCGACCUGGCUGCCGCCGUGCCCUGCCCGCGCCCCCCGCCCUGCCGCCCAGGGUGCUGGUGCCCGGCGGGGCAGGUGCUGGAGCCCCCCGAGGGGUGCGUGCGGCCGGGGCAGUGCCCGUGCCGGGCCGGGGGGCGCCGCUUCCCCCCGGGAGCCCCGGUGCCGCUCGGGUGUCGCGUGUGCACGUGCCUGGAGGGACAGCUGCGACACUGCCGCCCGCACCCCGGCUGCUCAGUGGACUGCGGCUGGUCCUCGUGGUCGCCGUGGGGGCCGUGCGGGGGCGGCUGCGGCAGCCCCGGGGUGCAGUGGUCCUUCCGCAGCCCCUCGAACCCGGCGCGGCGCGGGGGCGGCCGCCACUGCCGCGGCAUCUACCGCAAGGCGCGACGGUGCCGCACGCCGCCGUGCCCGCGGUGCCGGGAGCGCGGCCGCUGGCGGGUCGCCGGGGAGCGCUGGCGGGGGGAGCCGUGCCAGCUGUGCCAGUGCCUGCCAGGCGGGAGUGUCCGCUGUGUCCCCUACUGUCCCCUCCGCCGCUGCCCCCAGGGCCAGGCGUUGCGGGAAGGUGACGGCGGCUCCUGCUGCUCCUGCGGCCCCGCGGGUGACAACGCCACGGCCAUCCCGCCCGGGAUGGUGACAGCGCUGUCCCCAAGCGGUGCCGAGACCCCCGGCAGCCCCGGGUACGGGAGGGGACGGUGGAGGGCCGGGAUUUGGGGGUCCCCAAAGCGGGGAGGGGGCACUGGGGGAACCCCCGCGCCCUCAAUGUGCCCCCUCCAGCCCCACGGCCGGGCCCGAGGGACCCAGAGGCACCGAGACCCCCCCGGAGCCCCCCAGCGCGGCCGGGGGCACCCCCGGAACCGCGACCCGGCCCGAGGACACCCCGGGACCCCCCGAGGGCACCCCCGGAACCGCGACCCGGCCCGAGGACACCCCGGGACCCCCCGAGGGCUCCGCGCCCCCCCCCGAGCCGGAGCUGCCCUCGCUGGCUCCCACGGGGGUCCCCGCUGCGACCCCCCCAGGGGGGGCUGCGGGUCCGACAUCGGCAACAGCGAGCUUGGGGGGCUGCAGGGCUGCGCCCCCCGGCCCUGGGGAGGGUGGGGGUCCUGCAGCCGCUCCUGCGGGGUGGGGGUCGCUCUGCGGCGCCGGAGGGAGACCCCGCCCUGGGGGGGCUGCGCCCACCGCCCCGACACCGAAACCCGCGUGUGCUUCCUGCGAGCCUGCCCAGUUUCGGGCGGGUGGGCGCCCUGGGGCUCCUGGAGCGCCUGCGCCGCCCCGUGCGGGGGGGGGCAGCAGAUUCGCCGCCGCAGCUGCAGCGACCCCCCCCCAAAAAACGGGGGGCGGCCGUGCGAGGGAGGGGCGCUGCAGAGCCGGCCCUGCAACCUGCGGCCCUGCGGGGACCCCCCAGGCUGCCGGUGCCGGCCCGGGCUGGUGCUGCAGGGGAGCGGCUGCAUCGAGCCCAGCGCUUGCGGGGUCCCUGCGGGGAUGAUGGGGGUCCCUGGGGAUCGGGGCCCCCCUGAAUCCUGCGGGUGGUCGCGCUGGACCCCGUGGACCCGCUGUGACUGCGGCACCGGGACCCGGCAGCGCUUCAGAUCCCCCACCAACCCCGCGGCCGCGCCGGGCGGUGCCCCCUGCAUCGGGACCCCCCGAGAGGAGCGGGGCUGUGCCGAGCCCUGCGGAGCCGAGCCCGGGAGCGCGGGGCCGCCCGGGGCCACCGGGGUGCCGGGGGGCACCGAGACCCCAGAGACCCCGGAGACCCCAGGGUCCCCAGGGUCGCCGUGGGCGUGGGGCACGGAGCUGCCUUGGGGCACGGAGCCGCUGUGGGUCCCGGAAUCCCCGGAGCCCCCCGAGCCACCGGAGCCCCCAGGGUCCCCAGAACCCCCAGAGUCCCCAGAAUCUCCCGAGCCCUGGGAGCCCCCGGAGUCCCCGGACGCGGCACUCGGCCCGUGGUCGCCCUGGAGCACGGAGCCCCCGCCGGUGCCGGUGUCGCCCUGGAGCGCGGAGCCCGCCCGCGCCCCCGAGGCGCCGGUGCCCGCCCGGGGGUCGCCGUGGGGGCCGUGGGGGCCGUGGGGCGGCUGCAGCGCCCCGUGCGGGGGCGGCGAGCGCUGGCGCCGCCGGGGCUGCGGGACCCCCCCGUGCCCGGGACCGGCGCUGCAGAGCCAGAGCUGCCACAGCCACGUGUGCCGCGAGGCCGGGUGCCCCCCGGGGCGGACGUUCCGUGAGUGCGGGGGGGGCUCGGGGUGUCCCCGGAGCUGCGCCCACCUCGGGGGGGCCGUGGGGUGCGCGGGGGGGUGCCAGGAGGGCUGUCACUGCCCCCCCGGCACCUUCCUGCACCGCCGCACCUGCCUGCAGAUCUCAGCCCCACAGCAGAUCUCGGCCCACACCCGAUCUCGGCCCGUAUCAGAUCUCAGCCCCAUAUCAGAUCUCGGCCCCACAGCAGAUCUCGGCCCCACACCCGAUCUCGGCCCCAUAUCAGAUCUCAGCCCCACAGCGGAUCUCGGCCCCACACCCGAUCUCGGCCCCACAGCCGAUCUCGGCCCCACACCCGAUCUCGGCCCCAUAUCGGAUCUCAGCCCCACAGCCGAUCUCGGCCCCACAGCCGAUCUCGGCCCCAUACCCGAUCUCGGCCCCAUAUCGGAUCUCAGCCCCACAGCCCCAGGGGCCGAGCAGGAGCCCGGGGGGUCUCCGAUGGCCCCGGUGGUCCCGGAGGUCCCGUGGGGGCCGUGGGGGCCGUGGGGACCCUGCAGCCAGAGCUGCACCCGCCCCGAGAGCCCCGCGAGCCGCAGCCGCCACCGGGACUGCGCGGGGGGAAACUGUGGGGCGGGGGCGGGCACCGACACACGGCCCUGCAACCUGCCCCAUUGCGAAGCCCCCCCGUGCCCGAAGCCCCCCUGCCCGUGCCGCUGGAGCCCCUGGGGUCCCUGGGGGUCGUGCUCGCGGCCCUGCGGGGGGGGGCAGCAGCGGCGGCUCCGCGCCUUCGCCCCCCCCGGGCCCGGGGAGCGCUGGUGCCCCCAAAUCCUGGGGGGGGGCCACGAGCAGCGCCGGCCGUGCGGGGUGACGGCGUGCAGGGUGAACGGCGCCUGGUCCCCGUGGGGUCCCUGGUCGCGCUGUGACGUCACGUGCGGGGGGGGCCGCUCCGUGCGCAGCCGCUCCUGCUCCAGACCCCCCCCCAAAAACGGGGGCAGCCCCUGCCCCGGGGUGGGGCACGAGCUGCGCGUCUGCAACGCCCGCGCCUGCGGCCCGCGGUGCCCCCCCGGGCAGACCCAGUCCCCCUGUGCCACGCGGUGCCCGCGGAGCUGCCGGGACCUGCAGGAGGGGGUGUCCUGCGAGGGGGGGGCGCCCUGCGAGCCGGGCUGCCGCUGCCCCCCCGGGACCCUGGAGCAGGACGGGGGCUGGACCCUGGAGCAGGACGGGGGCUGUGUCCCCCCUGUCCCUGUCCCUGUCCCUGUCCCUGUCCCCAUUCCUGUCCCCAUUGCAGGGACCCUGGAGCAGGACGGGGGCUGUGUCCCCCCCGCGCUGUGCCCCUGCCUGGACUCGGGGGGGCACCUCUGGGUGCCGGGGGGGGGCGGCCCCGCCCGGGGCUGCCGGAACUGCACGUGCGCGGGGGGGCGGCUGCGCUGCGGGCCGGGGAGGUGCCCGCCCCCCCCCGCGACCCCCGGGACCCCCCCCGGGACCGCCCCCGGGACCGCCCCCUGCGCCUGGAGCCGCUGGACCCAGUGGGGACCCUGCAGUGCCACGUGCGGGGGGGGGCGGCAGCUGCGAUACCGGACCCCCAUUCCCCCCGAGGGCGGGGCGGGACCGUGCGGAGCCCCCCAGGAGCAGGCGCGGGGCUGCGAGGAGGCGCCGUGCCCGCCGCUGUGCCCCUGGGCGGGGGGCGAGCGGGCGCUGGGCGAGCGCUGGAGCCCCGGUCCGUGCCGGCUCUGCACCUGCACCCCCGAGGGACCCGAGUGCUGGGACACGCCGUGUGCCGCCGAGCCGUGUGACUGGAGCCCCUGGGGGCCCUGGGGACCCUGCAGUGACCCCUGCGCGGGGGGGUCCCGCCUGCGCCACCGGCACCCCCUGCAGCCCGAGCCCCCCGGGCGGGCGUGCGCGGGGGUCCGCACCCAGAGCGAGAGCUGCGGCUCCAGCGCCUGCCCCGAGCCCCGGUGCGGCGGGGGGGGCCGGAGCCGCAGCCCCUGCGCCGGGCGCUGCCCCCGGAGCUGCGCGGACACCUGGGCGCCGGUGCAGUGUCUGCAGGGACCGUGCGAGACAGGGUGCCGGUGCCCCCCCGGGCAGCUGCUGCAGGACGGGCGCUGCGUCCCCCUGAGCCGCUGCCGCUGCGGGACCCCCGGCGGGGACAGCGGGAGCCGCGAGGUGGCCCCGGGCACCGUGACCCGCGUCGGGUGCCACGACUGCACCUGCGAGAACGGGACCCUGACCUGCCCAGCGCUGCCGUGUCCCUCCCCGGAGCCCGCGACACCCGCCAGCCCCAUGUCCUCCGUGUCCCCGCUGUCCCCCGUGUCCCCCCUGUCCCCUUGGUCCUCCGUGUCCCCCCUGUCCCCUGCACACCCCGUGUCCCCGCUGUCCCCCUCGCCCCCUCCCUCCGCCCCGCUCCCCCUCUCUCCCGAGCCCGCCCUGUCCCUGUCCCCCGCCGUGUCGCCCUGGUCCCCCUGGUCCCGCUGCUCCCGCAGCUGCGGCGGCGGCACCCGGAGGCGGCAGCGGCAGUGCCGGGAGGGCCCCGGGCCGGGACCGCCGUGCAGGGAGAGCCCCGGCGAGGAGACGGCGGCGUGUAACCCCCAGGCGUGCCCCGUGCCGUUCCCGGUGGCUCCAAGCUGCCCCCCGGGCGAGGUGUGGCUGGACCCCGGCCCCGCCUGCGAGCGCAGCUGCCAGGACCUGGCGGAGCCCCCCGGGACCUGCGGGGGGACCCCCGCGACCCCCGGAUCCCCCUCGACCCCCGGUACCUCCGGAUACCCCGCGACCCCCGCGACCCCCGGAACCUCCGGAUCCCCCGGGACCCCCGUGACACCGGACAGCUCCAGCCCCCCCGGGGUCCCCACGACCCCCGGCACCCUCGGGACCGCCGGGACCCCCCCGCGCUGCGCCUGCGCCCCCGGGCGGUACCGGAACGGCUCCGGGCAGUGCGUGAGCGCGGGCGGCUGCGGCUGCCGGUACCGAGGGGCGCUGCGAGCGGCCGGCAGCGAGUGGCAGGAGCCGUGCGGGACCUGUCGCUGCUCCGAGGGACGCGUCACCUGCGGCAGCUCCUGCCCCGCGCUCACCUGCCCCCAGGGCGCGGAGCCGGUGCGGGAGCCCGGGAGCUGCUGCCCCGUGUGCCGGGACGAGUGGCCAGAGGAGCCCCCCGGGCCGUGCCGGCUCCUCACGGCGCUCCGGACCAUCGCCAAGGGCGCGUGUGUCCUGCGGGGCGUCCGUGUCACCUACUGCGCGGGGGCGUGCCGCUCCCGCACCGCCGUCAGCGCCCAGGAGCCGUACGUGCGGUCGCUGUGCGAGUGCUGCAGUUACCGGCUGGACCCCGCCCGGCCUGUGCGGGCGCUGCUGCUGCCGUGCCCCCGGGGCCGCCCCCGGCCCGCGCUGCUGCCCCGCAUCGCCGAGUGCCGCUGCGAGCCCUGCCGGGGCGGGGACUUCAGCCGGCGCUGAGAGACCCCCGGACACCGCCCCUCCGGCCGCCGUGUCGGCAUCGAGGAGACCC